GGAGGUGAGAGGUGGCUGACGGGAGCUGGCUGGGCUGAGGGCCGCGGGGCCGGCGCCCGCCGCGAGCCAUGGGGCUGCCGGCCGUGUAGGGGCCAUGCCGCCGGGGCCCCGGUCCUGCCCCGCUCCGCGCCGGGAUGGUGAACCUGGCGGCUAUGGUGUGGCGCCGGCUCCUGCGGAAGAGGUGGGUGCUCGCCCUGGUCUUCGGGCUCUCGCUGGUCUACUUCCUCACCAGCACCUUCAAGCAGGAGGAGAGGGCAGUGAGAGAUCGGAAUCUCCUCCAGGUCCAAGACCACGAUCAACCCAUCCCAUGGAAAGUACAGUUUAAUUUGGGCAAUAGUAGUCGACCCAGCAACCAGUGCCGAAACUCCAUUCAGGGGAAACACCUCAUCACAGAUGAACUGGGUUACGUUUGUGAGAGGAGAGAUUUGCUGGUGAACGGCUGCUGUAACGUCAACGUCCCUGGCACGAAGCAGUACUGCUGUGACGGCUGCUUGUCCAGUGGCUGCUGUAGCGCCUACGAGUACUGUGUCUCCUGCUGCCUGCAGCCCAGCAAGCAACUCCUCCUGGAGCGCUUCCUCAACCGGGCAGCUGUGGCAUUCCAGAACCUCUUCAUGGCAGUUGAAGAUCACUUUGAAUUGUGUUUGGCUAAAUGCAGGACCUCAUCCCAGGCUCCUGUUGUCCUCCAGCCGGCUCCACGCAUUUCCCAUCAGCGGAGAGCCCCAGUGGCGGUGAAGAUCAUCCCGGGGGGCCAGCACCAGUCUCCAGUCCCCUUACCAAGUCUCACCACUUUCCCCCAGAGCACCUUGCUCAGGGCUUCAAGCUGGCUUAGCCAAUUCCCUGAGUUCAUAGCACAUUUGCUUUGUUCCCCCUCCUCUUCUCUGAACUCUGAGGUCAGUGCCCCUUCCUAUUGCUUUUUCCUGGCUCCGUUGUUUCACCCUGGACUGUCACUUAGCACGCUUCCUGCCCGAAUAGGACAAGACCUGGUAAUGAAAGUCCCCCUUCACUCUGGGGGGCCCUUGAGCAUUAAUGGCCUCUGGAAGCAGAUAUUGUCUGACUUCCGGGAGUCUAAAGUGCUUGACCUGCACAUAAUUACAAAAUGACCUACCAGACAAGGAAAUGUUUGUUUAUACUCCAUCUCUGUCGUCCCUGCCCGCCUCCCCAAGGGGAAAAGUUUGGCAAGGUCCAUUCUCCUAAGUCCAUUGUGAGUCUUUCCUCUGGGUUUCCGUCCUGUCCCCUCCCCUCGACCCGCCAGUGGGGUGGGUGGUGGAAAGCAGAUCGAGUGCGUUUCUUGCUUAAAAAGUAGGCUGAGUCAUGCAGGUGUGUCGCGUUCCCGCCCUCACACCUGCAACAUAUAUCUCUUGAGCUUACCUGAUGAGCCAGGUGCCGUGUCAGACACGAUGCUGUCGGAGUGUGUCUGAUGUGGCCCCUGCCCUCGUCAAGCUUGCAGUUUAAGUGACAGGUGCAAGAUAACAAUCAAGGUAAGUGCUCUGAUAGAAGAGUUCAGGGCACCUUGCAGGCAUUUAAUGGGGUCACCUGACCCAUUAGUGGUGCUGGGAAGUUGAGGAGGUCAGAAAAGGCCCGGUUUGCAUUAAUCAGGCCUUGGGGGACCCCAUUCUUUUUAAAAAUUACAUUUUACAGUGGAGUUAGUAUAAACCCAGGCUAGAUUCAUCAUUAUAUAGUUGCUAUUAUAGUCACUUUGUUCUUCUGAUUUUAAAAGAAGUUAAACAUUUUGCUCCUGGGCCCCUAAGGUAUUGUGGGUCCAGGGCUAUCUCUAAUGGAGAAAUCAGCCCAGGAAAAGCUGCCCUGAGGAAGAGACAACUACACUGAGAUCCAGAGAAUAAAUAGGACUUAAUUCAGUGAACCGGGUAAUGGAGACAGCACAUGCAAAGGCCCUGUGGUAGGGGAACUAACCCUUGGAGAGUGUCAGAGAUGUGUAGUGCAGAGAACAAGGGGACUCAGGGAUAGAGUGAAGCUAGAGACAAGACAGGACCAUAUGGGACAUGCGUGUUAUUGUGACCUUUGCCCCAGGGCCAUGGGAAAUCGAUAAGUUUUAAGCAGGGGAGUCUGGAUGACUUCUGAAGAUAUCCAUAGGAAGAGCUGACUAAAAAAAUCAAUGAUGCUCCCAUGGGGACUUCCCUGGUGGUCCAGUGACUAAGACUUCACGCUCCCAGUGCAAGCGACCCAGGUCUGAUCUCUGGUCAGGGAACUAGAUCCCACAUGCUGCAACUAAGAGUUAACAUGCCACAACUAAAGAUCCCACAUCUGAAAUGAGGACUGAAGACCCUGCGUGCUGUGGCUAAGACCUGGUGUGGCCAAAUAAAUAAAUAAAUAUUAAAAAAAAAAAGAAUAGAAAACCAUUAUGCUCCCUAUCCUCAAAUUCUCUCUAUUAAAUCUAAUCGCCAGAAUGAGAACUGGUUUGAAAUUGAUCAGGCAUCAAAUUAUGUUAAAAAGAAACUGAGACACAGCUGCUGGUCCGUGAUUAGUAGAGAAGAAAAGACAAUAUUUUGCCUCAAAUUUCAUUAUGCUCCCCCAACCUGGAUCGGGCCUUCAGGAAACAGAUUUUGAGAUAGAGAUUGAGUGUAGAUUCCCGGGAGUGUGCUCUGGGGAACAGUAUCUGUAAAGGAGUGAGGGCAGGACCAAGCAGAUGCAGCAGAAGUGUCAGGCACUCCCACGGGGCUCCCUGGAGAAGCAGCCCCCAUGGAGGCCAGGGAGCAGGGCCUCUGCACCUGCCAGAUGAGUGGCUGCCAUGGGGGCAGUGGGGAAUCUCCGGUGAGUAGCUCUGAGGUCAGUUCCCGGCAAAGGUCUCAACGCCCAGCAGCCAAUACCGCUGGCCCCCAGGGAACGCACUUUUUCUAUUAAGGGCCUGGGAGUGAAUAUUUUCAUCUCUUUGGGCCAUACAGUCUCUGUUGCAACUGCUCCGCUCUGCGGUUAAGGCACAAAAGCAGCUGUAGACGCUACAUCAUGAGUUGGCAUGGUUGUUGGUCAAUAAAACUUUUUAUGGAUAAAAAUUUUUAAUUUUAUAUAAUUUUCACUUUUCACAAAAUAUUCUUCUUUUGCAUUUAUCCCCACCCUCCCACCCCCUCCCCCCACAACCAACCAUUAAGAAAUGUAAAAACCAUUCUUAACUUGUGGGCCUUGGACCAGGUUUGGCCUGUGGGUUGUAGUUUGACAACCCCCCACCACAGCCCAGAAGGAGAUGCAGGAGUUGGAAUCUUUGAUGUUUAAGUUGUCAGCUGUAGGCUAGUUGUCAGGGGACAUUUCCCUUUUCCCUUCAGCUUGCUUGUCAGUAAAACAGGAAUAACUUGAAAACCCAAGAUCCUGCAAUGGGGGUUGAGUGGGGUUGGGGACCGGAGGCAGGCUCUGUUAAAGCAUUCCUGAGUCAUAUUCAGAAUACUGAGUACCAGGGAUACAUUUCUCCAUCCAGUACUGCCCUUCAGGCCUACAUUUCUCCAUCCAGUACUGCCCUUCAGGCCUGAGCCAUGCUGGAGUCUAAAGAAAACGAGUAUGUCUGCUAAGGAGCCUGGUGACAUCCUAACUGCACAAGGGGGAAACAGAGUCAGGGUUGGUUUAGCAUUUGGGGGAUUUUUCCCCAGCGUGAAAGUCACUUGGGACUCAAACCUGUACCAGACAAGUUCCUUUCCUUUUCUGUUUCUCAUUCUGGAGAGACCAAUAAUCCCCUCUCCCCACCUCCUUCCCUCCGCUGCCUUCACAUUCUCACCCUCUCAUCUCCUGUGUGGUAGCAGCCCUUGUUAGUGUCCUAACCUAGGUUACUUUCCACAGGACUGGGUUUCCAAAGCUGCCUGCAGGAGGCCUCUGAGUGCUUAGAGAUGAAAAGAGACAGUCUCUCCAGCAUCUUCUUCCCCCUAACCCUCAACAGGAGCGAGCACAUAUCACCAUUACACAGCCCAGAACGCUCCAAAGGAACACUAAAUCUGGGUUUGUGACACUAAGACUCACAAAUUGCAAGAAAAAACUAAUAAAACAUCAACUUUGAAUUUCA